AUGGCAUAUGCAUCUACUAAUCUUGGUUCAUUUCAAAUUGAAAAUGAAUCUAAUUCCAGUGAUAAAUCAAAAGAUUAUCAAUUUCAAUCAAUAAAUUACGGAACAAUUGGAUCACAAGAUCAACAAUCACAAUCACAACCACAACCACAACAACAACAAUCAUCCAAUAAAUCACAAACAAAUUCGAUUACAUCUUCAAAUCCACAAGCAAUAAAUCCUCAUACUGUAUCAAAUACUGCAAGUCAUCAACAUAAACAAGAACAAGAAUUAUUAUCCAGUUAUACUGUACCUAAUCCUCCUAUAUCUACAAAACAAUCAAAUGCUAUAAUAACGGAGCAACAACAUCAACAACAUCAACAGCAUGAUAGUUUAUCAUCAACAUCAUCAACAUCAGAUCAACCAAGAACUUUAUGGAUGGGAGAUUUAGAUUCAUGGUUAGAUGAACAACAAAUUACAGAUUUAUGGUGGAAUAUAUUACAAAAAAAAGUUAUUGUUAAAAUUAUAAAACCAAAAUCUUUAAAAAUUGGAUUUCAAGGUUUAACAAAUUCUGGUUAUUGUUUUGUUGAAUUUGAAUCAUUUGAAGAUGCUCAACAAGCUUUAAGUCUUAAUGGUCAAUUAUUACCUGAUAUUGCAAUGCCUUCACAACAACAUUUUUUAAAUAAUCCAGAUAAUCAAAAGAAAUAUUUUAGAUUAAAUUGGGCAAGUGGUGCAACAUUAACUGCUCCAAUUAUUCAAAUGCCUGAAUUUUCAUUAUUUGUUGGUGAUUUAUCAGCUUCAACAACUGAAGCUCAUUUAUUAGCAUUUUUUCAAAAGUCAUUUCCAGAUUCAAUUAAAACUGUAAGAGUUAUGACUGAUCCAAUAUCUGGUAAAUCAAGAUGUUUUGGAUUUGUUAGAUUUACUGAUGAAUCAGAAAGACAAAGAGCUUUAACUGAAAUGAAUGGAAUUUGGUUUGCUGGUAGACCAUUAAGAGUUGCUUUAGCAACACCAAGAAAUACAAAUAAUCGAAGAUAUAAUCAACAAUCACAACCAUCAUUACAACAACAACAACAACAACUUCAUCAUCUGCCAUUUAUACAGCAUCCAAAUGAAUUUCAAGAUUCUAAUACAUUACCUCCAGAAAUGAUGUUUUUACCUCCACAAGGAAGUCCACUUUAUGGUUUUUAUAAUCAACUCAAUAGUGCUGGUUCACCAAGAGAUAUUGAUACAAAUUAUCUAGACACUCCUCAACAACAUCAAAAUUUUCCAAGAUCAUUACAAUUAGGUAUACCUCCUCAUCAACAACAACCCAAUCAAAUUUCUCCUCAGCAGCAACAACAACAACAACAGCAGCAGCCGCCGCCUCAGAUACCACUUCAUUAUCAAAAUCAACCACCACCUCAACAACAUCCACAACAAUUUGCAGAUCCUAAUAACACAACUGUAUUUGUUGGUGGAUUAUCAUCAGAAGUUACAGAAGCUACAUUAUUUACAUUAUUUAAACCUUUUGGUAUAAUACAACAAAUUAAAAUACCACCAGGUAAAAAUUGUGGAUUUGUUAAAUAUUCAACAAGAGAAGAAGCAGAAGAAACGAUAGCAGCAAUGCAAGGUUUUAUAAUUGGUGGUAAUAGGGUAAGAUUAAGUUGGGGUAGAGUAUCAAUGAAUAAUAAAAGAUUUUUACAUCAACAACAACCACCACCACAUCAAACACCUCAUUUACAACAACUUCAUCAAUCAUAUCAUCAAUUACCUCCACAAGUUCUAGCGGCACCUGGUGGUCCUCAAUUAAAUAUCCCACCUCCUCCAAUACAUCCUUUAGGAGUACCAAUUCAUCUGUUUCAAUAUCAACCUUUUCAAAAUCAUUUACCACAACAUCAACAUCUACAACAACAACAACCUCCAAAUAUACAACAAGAACAAUUUGACCCAGAUGAACCUGAUCCUUUACUAAUAUCAUCAUCAGAUGAAGAAGAAGAAAUUCCAGAAGAUUCUGCUAAACCUCCAAUUGAUACUGGUAGUGAAUCAUCUUUUGAAAAUUCUGGAGUAUAG